UGGUUCCAGUGCUGACUCGUGAGAGGCGCUACUCGUUCUUCAUGCCCACCCUGCCCUGCCUGGUAUCCUUCUGCCAGGCCUUCCCGCCACUCUACGAGGACGUCUUCGCCCUGCUGGUACAGGUGGGCCAGGUGUGUGCCGCGGACGUCGCCACUGAGGAGAGGGACAUCGAUCCGCUCAUUGCCCGGCUGCAGUAUCUGAAGGAGAAACCCCAGGAUGCUGUGUCCAUACUGGGCCUGUCCAAACACACCUCGCCCAAGAGAGCUUCCUUCGCCCUGUGGGGAACCGACCCCGACGUCCAGCUUUGCUACCAGAUAGAGACGACCUUCAUGGACAUCAUCCAGGCCAGCGUGCAGACAGACCAGUGAUGGUGAUGGUGAGAGCCAGAACCGUGGCCAUGACAACCAGAGCAGUCACCGUGACAACCAGACCUGAGACUGUGAAAACCAGAGGAGUGACCCUGACAAACCAAAGCAGAGACCUUGACAAACCAGAGGAGCAGAGACAAGGAAUGAUCUUU